AUGGGCCUCGGGAAGACCGUUCAGAUCAUCGCCUUCCUCUCGGGGAUGUUUGACGCAGAACUCAUCCGCUCCGUGUUGCUGGUUCUCCCAACCACCCUUCUUAACAACUGGGUGAAAGAGUUUGCCAAGUGGACCCCAGGCCUGCGAGUGAAAGUUUUUCAUGGGACCAACAAAGCUGAACGCAACAGAUAUCUGGAUCGGAUCCAGAGGAGAAAGGGCGUCUUGCUCACAACCUACCAGAUGGUCCUCAACAACUGGCAGCAGCUAUCUAGCUUUGAUGGGAAAGAGUUUGUUUGGGACUAUAUCAUUCUGGAUGAAGCCCAUAAAAUCAAAACUCCGUCUGCCAAAACGACAAAAUCUGUGCAUGCCAUUCCUUCCAAAAACCGCAUCCUUCUCACAGGGACCCCAGUCCAAAACAAUCUGAAAGAACUUUGGGCGCUUUUUGAUUUUGCUUGCCAAGGCUCACUUUUGGGUACCAUCAAAACCUUUAGGAUGGAAUAUGAGAAUCCUAUCACAAAAGCUAGGGAAAAAGACGCCACUCCUGGAGAGAAAGCUCUGGGACUUAAAAUCUCGGAGAAUCUGAUGUCCAUCAUUAAGCCGUAUUUUCUCAGACGGACUAAAAAUGAGCUCCAGAAGAAGAAGAAGACUGAGCUUUCAAACCAUCUUCCUGAAGACCAAAGUAAAGGUGUUGCUCCUGCCAUGCCUUCUCUUCCUCGAAAGAACGAGUUCAUCGUAUGGGUGUUCUUAGCACCUGUACAAGAGGAAAUAUAUAGAAAAUUUAUCUCUUUGGAUCAUAUCAAGGAGCUGUUGAUGUCUACAAGGUCCCCACUGGCUGAACUGAGUAUUCUGAAGAAGCUCUGUGAUCAUCCAAGGCUCUUGUCAAACCGAGCAUGUAGUCAACUUGGGCUGGAAGCAUCCAAUUACAGCGAAGAAGACGUUGGUGAAAAUGACCUUAGUGAGCUUCCAGACAUGAAGAGGAGUAUUGAACAUGUUUCUGAUGAGAUGCUAAUUCAGGAGUCUGGAAAGUUGAGCUUCCUUGUGGCGCUGCUGGAAAGACUGCAAGACGAGGGACAUAGAACUCUGGUGUUCUCCCAGUCACGAAAAAUGUUGGACAUUAUAGAGCGCAUCUUAACUCACAGGGGCUUUAAGCUCAUGCGUAUUGAUGGGACAGUGACCCAUUUGGUCGAACGAGAGAAGAGAAUUGGUAUGUUUCAGAAAGAUGGAGACUACUCUGUCUUUCUGCUUACUACUCAAGUUGGUGGGGUCGGUUUAACCUUAACAGCUGCUAGCCGGGUGGUGAUUUUUGAUCCUAGUUGGAAUCCAGCUACAGAUGCUCAAGCUGUGGAUCGAGCUUACAGGAUUGGCCAAAAAGACAAUGUCAUAAUCUACCGGCUAAUUACCUGUGGGACAGUAGAAGAGAAGAUCUAUAGAAGACAAGUCUUCAAGGAUUCCUUAAUACGUCAAAGCAUGGGUGAUAAGAAAAACCCCUAUCGCUAUUUCUCUAGACAAGAGCUAAGAGAGUUGUUCACACUGGCAGACACUCGAAGCUCAGCCACACAGCUGCAAUUGCAGUCCUUACACGCCACCCAAAGAAAAACAGACACUGAGUUGGAUGAACACAUUGCCUAUCUCCAUAUGCUGGAGAUAUUUGGCAUUUCUGACCAUGAUUUGAUGUACACACGUGAGACAGCACAUGAGGACGAAGCUGAAAAUGAAGAAGCCCACAGGUACAUUGAACACAGAGUCCAAAAAGCCCAAGAAUUGGUACGACUAGAAUCUCAGUUGAAUGACCAGCUGAUGAGAAAUAUCAGAAACACGACUGAAGGAGCAUGGCUGAGAGAUAUAGAUUCAUCCACCCAGCCAAAAACAAAACCACCCAAGUCUUCACCAAGUGACACUCUUGGACCAUCCAUGUCUGAAAGGACAAGCCCAAUAGUCGUGGACUCACCCACUCCAUCCAUGAAGAAAUCACCAACUUCUCCUCCAAGUCCUGUUGUUAUGCCACCUGUAUAUAGUAGUCCUGUCGUCAGUAAUGAAGUUGUUGAUCUUGUAAGUGAUGAUGAAAAUGAUGUUGUUAGUGAUAUCGUCAAUUUGAGCUCUAAAAUGACCAGUCUGAUUAUUGAAGAUGGGGCUGAUCCAUCUCCUGAAGCAAGAAGUGAGCUGAAGGAUGUCCAGAUGAAACUGCUGCAGGAGUCAUUUGUGUAUCCUUCUGAUGAUGGCAGGCACCAAACUGAGACAGAGAUGUCACUUGAUGUUCUUCCAAUCUCUCGUGGAGAUGCAUGUGAAAAAAUGAGCAGUCUGAUUAUUGAAGAUGUGGAUGAUGAGCAAAUGGUUCAGAUUAUUUCUAAUAUGGAGGAUGCUUCUUCGCCUUCUGAGCAGAAAGAACACCAAUUUCCCAGCCUCCAAGAAUGUGAAAAAAAUCCUGGGACAGGUCUUGUGUCCGCUUUUCAGACUCCUUCAGGAUCUAACAAGGUGGACUGCAGUCCUGAAUCCAGGGCAAUCUCUGAGCUACCUGCCAAGGAUACGGAUGAUGAGCAAAUGGUUUUCCACACAAAUAACACGGAUGUUCUGCAUUCCAAAAACAAAGAAUGUCAACUAAGCGGACUGCAAAGAGAUGAGCAAUAUGAAAGUCUAAAUGUUGCAUGUUCUUUUCUCCAAGUGAUUUCAUUGUCUGUGGAAGGCAAUGUCAACUCUGAAUCCAAACAGAUGUCUUGCGAUCCAUCUCCUGAAGCAAGAAGUGAGCUGAAGGAUGUCCAGAUGAAACUGUUGGAGUCAUUUGUGUAUCCUUCUGAUGAUGGCAGGCAUCAAACUGAGACUGAGAUGUCACUUGAUGUUCUUCCAAUCUCUCAUGGAGAUGCAUCUGAAAUUAAUGCACUAGAUGCUGUGGCACCCCAUGAGACCAGGACUAGCAAAAUAACAGAAAGCAGUACACUGCAGAAAUCUGGAGCGAGAGAAACCAGGCAGGAUGAAUCUUUUGACAUUUGCUCUCACUUUCAGGUCAAUUUUAAUCUCGCCUUGGAGGAUUCUGAGAACAGACCACAAACUAUCUCAGAAAAAGACAUGUCAUUGGAUGAGACAGAAAAUGAAGGAUUCCAGCUGCGGUUGGAUAGCUACUGUAGCUCUGCCACUGAAUCUGUUGGGGGAGAACAUGGGCAUCCCAGUAACCUCCACACUUGCAAUGCUGUAGAUGGCUCUGUGGUCAUGGACGAUGCCAACAGUCCAUGUGAUAGCAGAGACAGUUUUGUGUGGGGAAAAAAGAAGCCUGCUCCAAUUAUUGUUUCGGAUGAGGAAGACGAAAAUGAUGAAUUAAUAGAUGAUCUGGAUGAGGACAAAGCAGGUGGAAUUUGUAUGUCUACGCCAAAGACCAACAGGCCAACGGCUGCGGUUUGUUUUUCUCCAAGGAUCAAAUUGAGUGGAAGAAGAUCAACAGCUUCUCGUCGAUCUCUUUUUGAUGUGGUCUUGGAAGAAGUGGAGGGUGCACCCAGAGAAGCAGGGACUGCCAGCAAUGUAUCUCAUGAUAGGUCUGUUCAGCACGAGUCUGAAGAAGAGCUAACCCAAAAUUACACUGAGCAAACGUCAGAAGAAUUGGAAGAGGAGCCAUCAGGAGAAACGCUGGAUUCUGAGAGCGAAUCUAGCCAUCUUCAUGAUACAGACACUUCAAGAGGAGAAUCUUCUCUCUGAAGGAACAGUUAGAGGGGAAUCUAAUCCAUCUGAAACAAAGAAAGCUCUAAGUUACUGUGCUUGAGUUGAAUGUUUGUUCUGAAGACUUGUUCCUAUGGUUGGAUUUUAUUUUGGAGAACCAGCUGCUGAAAAUUAAUAUACAGCAUAUUUAGAACUGUCUUAGCAGACUCUUUUAGUUCUUUGUUAUGUUUUUCUGCCUUUCAUUUCAAAGGCAGUUCAAUUUCUAUCAACCCUGUUGUCUUGGGUAUGGCCAAGGUGCUGGAUUUUGGAGAGUCAGUUCUCCUUUAGGUAGCUAAUCUUUCAUUGGGCUGUAUUACUUGAGACCUUUAUUGCAAUGAUGAUUGAGUCUCCUAUUCAAAAAAAAGUAAAAAAUAAAAAAAAAAUCCUGAUAAUGGAAGACUGACAUGCCAGAUAAGGUCUGAUUAAUGUCUAGCAUUGACAAUUGACUCAUAUGAUCCAGUAAUAAUGACUUUUAGCACCUGGAAAAUGCUUAGACCAGUGUUUUCCAAUCUUGGCCAACUUUUAAGAUGUGUGGAUGUUAAGUCCCAGAAUUCCUCACCGAUCUUCUUGACUGGGGAAUUUUGGGGUUUGAAGCCCACACAAUUUAAAGUUGCUAAGGUUGAAAAAAAAACUGGCUUAGUCAUUGCCAUAAAGCCUAAAAUAUGACCAUUCCAUUAAUCAGAUAAUAGGAAUAGCUUGAGCAAUUGAAAGUCAUU